GCACUUGUUGUGUCUUGUGGUCAUUUUGGAGCCAGAUAAGCGUUGACGGAAGACACUGGAUUUAUUUUUAAUACAUUAGUGAUUUGCAGGAUUUAACAGUACUUUCUCUCAUAUAGCCUAUAUACCAAAACAUUACUUUUCUGAAAUACAUUUGAGUGUUGUCGCCUGCGCAUAGCCGUGGGACCGGCCUAUUCGGCAUUGUUUUUUUGGGGCGACUGUUAUCCAGCAUAAUAGCGAGACAGAGGAAGAGAGAAGAGCACUUAUUCCACGAGCCUCUUUAGCCCGAACGGACAUAAAUCGAGGAUAACAUUCGUAAUUACAACCAUUUACGCAACCAGAUAAAGGUGGAGAGUCACGGAUACGUCUGGUAUCCAACAACAAGUCAACCUUCAGCCUGUCAUUAUUUUAUUUUGGUGAUCUUAUACCGAGAAAAUUACCGUCCGUGUUCAUGCCAGAUCUGCAGCGCUUUAGUUUUCCAUACCAUAGUAUGAAUCCUUUGUUAGAGGCGAACUCGCUUCUCCAACAUCAACAGCAGCAGAACCAAGGAGGACAGAGUCAUCCGGAUUCCCCCUCAGGUCUUCUGCCCGAAUCCGUCUUCGGCUCGCUCGACCCGACGUCUUUCUUCCUGGGCGACCAUCCCGGACUGGGCUCGGAGACUCAGCCAGGGUUCGAUUUCACCACACCCUCACAAGCUUACCUGCAUCUAAACCACUCUUAUCACCGGUCUGUGCCCCAACCUCCUGCAGCGAUGGCCCUGAGGAACGACCUGGGCUCCAAUAUCAGUGUCCUAAAGACUCUGAACUUACGGUUCCGAUGCUUUCUGGCCAAAGUGCAUGAACUUGAGCGAAGAAAUAAGAUUUUGGAGAAACAACUACAACAGGCGUUGGAUGCGAAGAACAGCUGUGAUGGGGGUUGUUCUGAAAGCGCUAGACGGGCCCAUACCCAAGAAACAGGUGUACAGACCGGGUUUGUGGGAACUAUCCCUCUCAGGCCCGGGUCACUCCCGUUCCAAAACACCAACAACUCCGCGAGACGACCCACUACCCUCUUCACACCUGCCCUCAACACUGUCUUCACGCUUGAGUCCAACAACAAAGCUGGAACAAACCCCACCGAGCCGAAUCAGAAUCCGACCAUCACGGUAAGCCAAUCAACCCCAACAAUCGACUCUCCAGCCGGGUCCAAUUCAAUCACCAACGGGAAAACGGUUUUUAGUACAGGCACUGGAACCCCCACCAACCCGCCUCCCCGGUUCCUCCCCGGUACUAUCUGGUCCUACAACCAUACCCGCAAGCUCGGUUCUGGCGUGGAGACGCGCGUCACCAGCCCCGGUGUGUCCUGGGUCCAGCCGGACGGGGUCGGGGUCCAGAUUGAUACCAUUACCCCGGAGAUCAGAGCCCUGUACAACGUCCUGGCCAAAGUCAAGAGGGAGAGAGACGAGUACAAACGCAGGUGGGAGGAGGAGUACACUGUCAGAGUGGACAUGCAGCAGAAGAUGGAAGACCUACAGGAGGACCUCCAGGAGAGCGAGGGCUGUCAGGAUGAGUUGGCUGUCAGAGUGCAGCAGCUGAAGUCUGAACUGGUGCUCUUCAAAGGCCUCAUGAGCAACAACAUGUCUGAUCUGGACAGUAAGAUCCAGGAGAAGGCCAUGAAGGUGGACAUGGACAUCUGUAGACGCAUCGACAUCACGGCUCGCCUGUGUGACUUGGCCCAGCAGAGGAACUGUGAGGAUGUCAUCCAGAUGUAUCAGGUCCCUAACACCCAGUCUGCCAUCAACUGUCGCCCCCGGAAACAGACCCCGCUGUCCGUCAACAGUAGUGAGGGUGAUGAGACUAUCAGCACCUCGGAGAGCGAUGGGGGCCUGCCCAGAGAGGAGGAACUCUGUGGCUCGUCAGCCAAUCAGAUCAAUGAGGAAAUGCAGAGGAUGCUCAACCAGCUGCGGGAGUGUGAGUUUGAAGAUGACUGUGACAGCUUGGCCUGGGAGGAGACAGAGGAGACUCUGCUGCUGUGGGAGGACUUCCCAGGAUGCACUCUGGCUCCAGAGACCACCCACCAGCCAGGAGAGCAGGAAGACCAGUGUCUGGAGAAGGUGAUUAAUGACACUGAGGACUUAUUCAAAUCCAGGGAGAAAGAAUACCAAGAGACCAUCGACCAGAUUGAGUAUGACUUGGCUACAGCUAAGAGUGAUAUGAACCGUCACCUACAUGAAUACAUGGAGAUGUGUUCUAUGAAGAGAGGCCUGGAUGUGCAGAUGGAGACCUGCAGGAGACUCAUCACCCAGAGUGGGGACAGUAAGCCUGGCUCUCCUGUGGCUGUGGCUGGUGAGGAGAGCGUUGACCAGGCUGAGAAGGAAGGGACAACAGCGUCGCCUCCUCUCUCCAACUCUCCUCCCAGAUCAUGACCUAUCAAGACCACCUCCAUCACAUGACCGUCAUUCCAUCCAACCACAGCACCACUCAACCCUCCGCUGUCACUAUAGCAACGCCAUGUUUACAUUCUAACCACUAGAUUAGUAUAUUUUUUAUUUUCUUCAAGCUAUCUUCAUUCACAAGCCUCAAUAUAGGAACGUGGCAGAUCAAUCUGUUUUAGCUACUGGAAAGUGGUAUUACUAGCACCAUGGAAGUCUGUACAUAAGAACCCACUGUUUAACAGAGCAAAGGUAACGAGGUAAUGGAUUGAAAUACACAACUUGAAUUGAGAAUACCUCAUAGAAACAUAUGAGCAAUAUUUGAAUGAACUCAUAUGAGUUGUAGGCUACUCUUAAGGUAGUUGUUGGUACUACAGAGAACCAUGGUAAUAACUCCUAUAGCAUGAUCCAUUUCCACACAGCCAUAAUGAUAAACACACCACACCAAUACAUUCAUGUCAGGCUAGCAUAGCAGAUCAUUCUAACAGUGUGCUGUCCUGAUGCAACAUUACGAGUGUUGUUUUCAAACUCACCUAGAAGUAUAACACAGUAAAUAUAAGCCUUAGGGUGUGUUCGUAAAUUCACUGGAGUGCCAGAGUGCGCUCUGGGCGUUCGUAAAUUCAAAGCGUUGUCAGAUUGUCCGUUCGUAAAUUCAAAGCGUUGUCAGAUUGUCCGUUCGUAAAUUCAAAGCGUUGUCAGAUUGUCCGUUCGUAAAUUCAAAGCGUUGUCAGAUUGUCCGUUCGUAAAUUCAAAGCGUUGUCAGAUUGUCCGUUCGUAAAUUCGGAGUGUUUCCUUCCGGUCGAGGAGUAGGGUUGAUCCGAGCCUUCUGACCUCACAACGGCAGUCAAGCACCCAAGCUAACAGACUAACGUUGGCUAGCUUGCUAGCUUCUUCCAGACAAAAAUGAGAGAACAACGCACUCUGACCAUUUUACUCAUUCUAGCAGAGCUGGUUAGGCUGUUUUUGUUAUCCAGAGUGUUGGUGACUGUAACUGUGAUGCUGGCAAACAAUUUCAUUACGCUUUUUUGCCUACGUUUACUGACACCGGCCAUAUUCAAUGUGUGUUGAGCGUUAGUAAAUUCAUCAGAUGAGCGUGCUCUGAAAUCGGACUAGAUAGCCAGAGAAAUUUUACAAAGCAAAGCCCAGUUGGCAAGAGAGAGAAACUCCAGAUGAAUCACUUUAUUAGCAACAAAACAGAAAUAUAACAUUACUGUACUGUAUCAUAGUUAUUCAAACGGACUAAAAUAAUAUCAAAUCACUAAUUGUAUCAAGACAUCUACACUUCAUUCAUAUGUAUCAAUGAAAACUAGAAAAAAAGUCAAAUAGUAAACUAAACUAAGAUGCAGUCACUCAGAUGGCGACAAUGAUAUCCCUGUGUGUGAUUCUGAACUCACAUUUUGAAACAAAAGCCUGCCCGUCUCUCUGCGCUUUUGUUGACACCAGACAGGUUGUCAUAGUAACAUUAUUUUACCGUCCUGUUUCACUUACCUGGUAUUUACUAAGGAAUUAUUGGAUAACAUUGUGUAACAUUGUAUUCUUUCUUCAACACAACUGGUACUAAAUGUUUCAUAGUGGUGCUUGUUUCACUGAAUCCCAAAGAACCCCAAAAGUAGUUUUAUUGUAAUUAUAAUGUAAUACCAUUUUACUGUGUCUAGUAAAUGGCAACUAUGGUGAGAAAAGUUCGCUAGAGCACAUAAUGAUCUGGGACCAGGCUAGUCAUAGGCUCUGUGUCGGCUCAAUAUGUGGUAGUUAGUGUGAAUAGUGUAAAUACUCUGUUAAAGCUGAUCUGAGGUCAGCUCUGGGGCCUUGCCCUGAUCUCUGUGUGUCUCUGUCACUGACACAGGGAGAGGGAUACAUAUGACAAAGGGCAUUGACACCCAAGUGUUACACCUACGAGCUGUAUUGUAUACUAAUGUUUUGUUUAGUUUCCAGCAGCAGAGAGCAGUGGAAGGCCCUGCUACUCUGUCCUCCAGCAGGGAGAUGGGUAGGCUCGGAUAUGAGAAGUUAGAUAGGAGAGAUUUGUGUAUCUGUUCUGUACUCUCUAUUUCUAUGUGCUGUAGUCUGAUCUGGUUGGUAAGGACUCAAAUGCAUCAGUAGUAUUGUAUCAGAGAGAAAUGGAAGAUUGAUGAACAGGCUAUAAAAGACAGAAUGUCCACAGAUGAACAAAUAGACAGACAGACAGGUGAAUGUACAGUACGGAUAGAUUGACAGAUUAAUGAAUCGAUGGAUAGAAUGAUGACCUGCUGAGAUAAUUUAUGUUUGCUACUUGAGUGUCAAAGCAACUGAAAACAAGCAAUCUGAAUUAACUUUGAGAAAUAUUGCUGAAACAUUGUUAUAGAAGUACUAAAUACUGAUGCUGAAAAGCUAUCUGACACGGUGCUUGAUAUGGCCUAACCUAUUUUUGAGCUUAAAAGUUAGCCGUUAUAAAGAAAGAGCAAAGCAAAUAUGUAUAUUCAAUAAUACAGCAGUAACAGCAGUAAUAACAGUAUUUAAUGUAACAGAAGAAUAAGAAUGAUAUGUACAGAUGUAGGAUCUUAAUUUGAUCACUUUUGUUGCUGAGAUUAUUCCUGUUCUAAAAAGGCUUCUAAAGUUUGUAAUUUCCACUUUGAAAUUUCAGACUUGAUUUUCCCUAAUGAAAAAUGCAUCAACCCCUACAAAAUUGGCCAUUAAUUAUAAUCCACGUAAUAAAUCACAUUUCCUGUUGCUGCAGAAUUUUUUCCUGCUGUAGCAAACUGGCUCAAAUUAAGAUUCUACAUCUGUAAUAAUUCAAACUUGUACAUGUCACGAAUGUAAACAAUUAUUGAAGGAAAACUUUUAUUUUCUCCACUUGUCACUUCAUGUUUGUAGAUGUGGCAAAAUAGUGAAAUUGUUAGAGCUGAGGAGUAGAUUUCCUCUCUGUUAAUUCAUCAUACACUAUGUUAUUAUACAGUAGAAUGUAGAUGUACAAUACCAUUUUGUUCCUCUUCCUUGACAUUGAAAUAUGCAUUACUUUGAGUAUUAAACACUCUCUUACCUCAGAUAAACAAUAUUUAAUAACUCAAUAAUAGAACACAAUUCCUUCACAAAUACUAUCUCUUUAUCAACAACCAAAUGGAGGCUUCAGUUUAGUUCAUUUCAUUUGUGUUUCUUUCUUUUUCUUGUUUGAUGAGGAAGAUGUUUAAUCAGGUGCUGUCUGCUGAUCACACCUCAAUAUUCUAGUAUUGUAGAAGGGUUUCCAAGGCUUUCUCUGAACGAUUAUAUAGGUUGUGAAGAACAGGUUUUGGAACCAUGAAAAAAUGAUAUGCAUGUCUUAAGCUAUGUAUUGGUUAUGCCAUUCCUUGGGCGUUUCUCCUGACCACAUGACCUCGGUCCUAGACCUGGGUGGGUAUUCAACUCUUACACUACAAGAUCCGGAGCCUGCUUGUUUUCUAUUCUACCUGAUUUACUAAUUGCACCACCUGGUGUCCCGGGUCUAAAUCAGUCCCUGAAUAGAUGGGAACAAUGAAAACAUGCAGUUAGGACCUGGCUUUGAGGUCCAGAGUUGAUUUUGAGGGUCCUGUGCUAUAAUGCUUGGGUUUUUUCUGCUCGGGUCAUAUGGCCAGUAAAACUCCUGGCCCCAGCGUUCCUGCCCUUUGGCCAGAACUGGAGAUUAAAAUGGAGAAUAGAAGGCAGCGGAGAAAUAGUGAGAAUAUGUUUUUCUUUGUAUAUUUUACUACACGCACAGAGAGACUGAGUCUCUGCAGUAUGUAUGCAUGAGUCAGCGUGUAUGUUUAGGAGAGUGUUCUAAUGUCCUUGGUUUUUAAAAAGAGUUUUACUGGUUCACUUACAACAUGAAGAAUACAAUAGUCCUAAAAUGCACACUGUCUUCCAGUGUCUGUCUGACAAUAGACCAAUUCAUAUCCUCUUCACAACUGAACUGAAGGCUAACGGUAUAACUGAAUCAUUGUAAACUAGAGUGGUAGGGACCAUACAGUGAUGUGUUCUGCUGACUGGAUUCCCAUCUCUACAAAUCGCCUUGAAAUACUGUAUAUAUAUAUAAAUCAAAGAUGUACAAUAAUCGCUCUAAUAUUCCAACAAUAAUCCACUUUCUUCAUGAGUGUAUGUGAUUACAAAGUAAAUUCUUUUUAAAAAUGGCACCAAAGUGUAAAAAAAAAAGAGAGAUUACUACUCAAAUGCUUUAACAUAAUGAUGGUAUGAUUGCUAUGAUAUUGUAUGCAUUAAAGGAAAACGCUAUUUUGGAUAUAUUGUAUGUUUAAACACUGGCAAUGCAAGGAGGUCCACAGUCAAAAAUACUUAGUGUCAGGUUCCCAGAUUUGGCACAUAGCUGAACUUUUAACGUGGAUGGAGAUAUUUGAUUGGUCCUUAAUGUUUCUCGUAGACCAGGAGCCAAUGCUCUUGCUCUGUGAGGACCAGUGUAUUCUCUGGUCCAUAUAUUUUACCAUCAACUAAUUCCAUCUGGCCUGAGUAAGCUAGCAUGCAGGUGAAUAGACUGAGUUGUCAAUGAGAAGACUGUUAGCAAUCACCAGGGCCUCAUUUACUAAGCAUCUGCACCAGUGCCAUGUUUACACCUGCUCGGUUCAAAAGGGAACGAGUCAUAGAACAAAAGGUCAAGGGACAAGUAAAGUCUGUUUUCUGUUUCUAGCUUUGUAUCUCAUCUUAUAAUUUCCUCCGAAAAGAGCAAGUGUAAACAUUGCGCUGCUUGGUAAAUCAGGCCUUGGUUUUUGUUUUGGUGAGGUGUGAGUUCUGUGACACUGGACUGUCCCCUUGAACAUGUGUGCUUCAACGCAGAGCUCUGUGUACUGACAGAGAGUUCAACGCAGAGCUCUGUGUACUGACAGAGAGUUCAACGCAGAGCUCUGUGUACUGACAGAGAGUUCAACGCAGAGCUCUGUGUACUGACAGAGAGUUCAACGCAGAGCUCUGUGUACUGACAGAGAGUUCAACGCAGAGCUCUGUGUACUGACAGAGAGUUCAACGCAGAGCUCUGUGUACUGACAGAGAGUUCAACGCAGAGCUCUGUGUACUGACAGAGAGUUCAAACGCAGAGCUCUGUGUACUGACAGAGAGAUGGAAUGAAGAAUAAAAGAUACAGCUGAGCAAUAUGA